AUGUCGGAGAGGAAGCGCCGGGCGGGGGCAGAUGCGGCCGCGGGGGGCUCGACCUCGAAGAAACCGCGCGGCGCCUCGGCCGCCGCAUCCUACGCCCAAUCCCUCCGCUCGAAGCUCCGCCCGGACGCCUCCAUCCUCGCCUCCCUCCGCGCCCUCGCCUCCGCCGCCUCCAAAUCCAAGCCCGCGGCCGCGUCCUCAGCCGGCGCGAAAGCCCUCUCCGAGGACGACCCGGCAUCCGCCUCCUCCAACUACAUCGUGGUCGCCGACCAGGACACCACCUCCGUCACCUCCCGCAUCAACCGCCUCGUCCUCUCCGUCGCGCGGAGCAUCCUGGCUGGCCGCGGCUUCUCCUUCGCCGUCCCCUCCCGCGCCUCCUCGAACCAGGUAUACCUCCCGGACCUCGACCGCAUCGUGCUCCUCCGCCGCGAGUCCGCGAGGCCCUUCGCCAACGUCGCCACCGCGCGCAAGGCCACCGUCACCGCGCGCGUCCUCUCCCUCGUCCACGCCGUCCUGCGCAGGGGCAUCCACGUCACCAAGAGGGAUCUCUUCUACACCGACGUGAAGCUCUUCGGCGACCAGUCCCAGUCGGACGCCAUCCUCGAUGACGUCUCCUGCAUGCUUGGAUGCACCCGCUCGUCGCUCCAUGUCGUCGCCUCUGAGAAGGGCGUUGUGGUUGGCCGCCUCACUUUUGCUGAUGACGGCGACGUCAUUGACUGCACGAGAAUGGGCGUCGGCGGUAAGGCCAUCCCGCCCAACAUCGACAGGGUGUCAGGCAUUGAGAGCGACGCUCUGUUCAUCUUGCUUGUGGAGAAAGAUGCUGCUUUCAUGCGCCUCGCUGAGGACCGGUUCUACAACCGUUUUCCGUGCAUCAUAUUGACAGCAAAGGGACAGCCGGAUGUUGCCACCAGGUUGUUCUUGCGCCGGCUUAAGGUAGAGCUGAAGCUGCCGGUACUCGCAUUGGUGGACUCUGAUCCAUAUGGGCUGAAGAUCUUGUCCGUGUAUAUGUGCGGCUCCAAGAACAUGUCGUAUGACAGUGCCAAUCUGACAACGCCAGAUAUCAAGUGGCUUGGCGUGCGGCCAAGUGAUCUGGACAAGUACAGGGUACCGGAGCAGUGCCGGCUUCCCAUGACUGAUCACGAUAUCAAGGUAGGAAAAGAGAUGCUAGAGGAAGACUUCGUAAAGCAAAAUGAAGGAUGGGUCAAGGAGUUGGAGACGAUGUUGCGAACAAAACAAAAGGCUGAGAUUCAGGCUCUCAGCUCCUUUGGGUUCCAGUACCUGACUGAGGUAUAUCUACCCCUCAAGCUGCAGCAGGAGGACUGGAUUUGA